AUGGCAGUCCAAAACGACAACCUCCCUCAGUCCGCACCACCAGCGGAGCUUCCGCUCCAAGAGCUUCACCAGGAGGCAAUAGAAUGCGAAGACAACAGUACAGUAUGUGACGACGGUCUACCGCAAAACGAACGCCAGCUCCUCCUCGAAGCGGAUGAGCUGGUCACCCAGCACGCGCUGGAUGAUAUCCGCAACCAAAUCCGCAAGGCCGCGCUGUUGAUCGAUGAUCCUGACAAUCUCGACCGAGUGGCCGGACUGACAGAAGAGGAAAUCGACGCUCUCCAGGGCAAAAAGAAAAAGCGGUCGUGUUGCUCUCGGUUCCUCUUUCGACGCUGGGGGUUACCCACGUAUCUAUGCCAUGUCGGAGGGGUCCUCUUGGCUAUAUGGUUCGGCAUCAAAUUUCUCGGAUUCUGGCUCGCCCUCCCCAGCAACAAAUACCUCGGGCGACGGCGCACCCUCUGCGCCGCCGCCGCGACCAUGAUCCCAGCAAGCUACGGCGCCAACCCCGACGCAAUCCCAGCCCUAGGGUACACCGCCGUGGCGCUGUUCGCAGCGGCAGUCGGUGUGUUCCAGUGCACCGCGGCGCCAUACCUGGCCGAGAUGAGUCCGGCGCAAAGCCGCGGCGCUGUCGUAUCCAGCUGGAUUCUGUAA